AGUUUGGAUUAUUACUUUAGUUAAAGAUGUUCGGAUUUUGGGAAAUAGAAGAUGACUCAUCAAUGAAGCUUGAAUUAGCUAGAGUGAAUGGAUUCUCUAUUGGUGAGGAUGAAGUGCAGGCAAAAAGCUUGCUCACGGAUUCAUAUGACUGAGAAGAAAAGCACUUAAAUGUAGCUCAUGAAAAGCCGAUAACGCUUAAUGAGGAAAUUAGAAAAGAAGAGGAAAAAGAUGAAACAAACCAAACAUUAAAUCCUCCGAAGAUAGACAAAAGCAUAAAGGAAGAGAAGAUUAGUGAAAUUGACAUCCAGUCUACUUUUAUGAAGCAAAUGGAAGACUGUCCAAUGAAGAAUUAAGAUACAUAUAAAUACAAUUCUUUCUCAGUCAACAACUUUGCUUGAAUGAAUAAUUUUUCUUGAACUUGAUGAGGAUGAUGAGCUAGCAAGUGGGAUGCUAGAUACCCCUCCUGAUAAAAUACUGAAGGCAAUGGAAUUAUCUUCUGCUCUUAAUCUCUCUAUCUCUCAAUCAAAGUUUCUUAUUGUUCCUAAGGAUAAUCCUAGUGGACUAAACAAGGAAUGCAAGGUUAACUCAACUGAAGAGAAGUUUACUGGCGACAGCAACAAAAUGAAUACAAAGUCGUAUAAAUUUAUGAUAAGCAUAUCAUUUUUAUGGCAUCAUAAAGAUACCUCAAAUGAAUCUAUUGCCAAGAAGAUUCCAAAAUUUAUUUUUAAUCAAAUCACUGAUACCUUUACAAAGAUAUCAAGGUUCAUCAGAAGUAAAGCAAUACUAGAUGAAUAUGAUGAUGAAGAGGAGUGCUCCUUAUCUUCUGGAUUCAUAUCUCAACUUACUCACUAA